AUGUCAAUAGAGGAAAAUCAGAAGCUGUUCAGAAAACAUUGGAAUGAACAAUCAAAGCGGGAUAAGGAACUUACAAAAUAUCAAAAUGAACUGGCACAUUACGAAGGCAUCCCGUUCUACCUAGAGUGGUUUAAGGCGAUGAACAACGAGACUAAAGAUAUAGAACAGGUGGAGACGGCGUUUAAGAAUCGCGUCCUCACCGGUGCGGUGAUCAACGACAGCCACGUCGAGCCGCGUCGAUUCCUCGAGGAUGCCCGGGACAUGGUGAUCGAGCGCGUACGCGGUAGCCUCGCUACGUUGAACUGUGUCAAGGUGAACACCGCGUUCAACGCCGAGUUCGUAGCGGCGCGUGAUGGAGGCACUCUGGCGUCUCUCGACGAGUUUCAAGAACGGGACAGCGGGUGGGCGUUGUCCAAGAUACUGAACCUAACGGUCAACGUGAAUAAGUACAACCCCAUGCGUGCGGGAUGUUGCAUCGACAUACCGCGCGCGAUACAAGUGAAACGUGCGGUAGUCAACGUGCGAGCAAUGGACAAUGCGUGCUUCGCGUGGGCGGUGGUCUCUGCUGUAUAUCCAAGCGCCACACACGCGGAUAGGACGGUGCAAUACCCCGAUUUUACAACCGUGUUAGAUGUCAAUGGUAUAGACUUUCCCAUGACGCUCGACCAGAUCGCCAAGUUCGAGCGCAAGAACGAAAUAUCGAUAAACGUGUCCACCGAUGAUGAGGAGGACAAGCGUGGGGUUAUUGUUCCGCUGCUGCUAACCGACCGCAAGCGAGACAAACACGUCAACCUGCUGUACGUGCCCGACAACCACGUGGGGCAACCGGGACACUUCGCGUGGAUCAAGGACCUGUCGCGCCUGGUUAGCGCUCAACUCAGGGGGAAGAAGCAGAGAAAGUACAUCUGCGAUCGCGAGGACGAUAAGCUGCUAACCUUCCGGAACUUCAAGAGGAAGGAGCGUGCACCGUUCGUCGUCUACGCCGACCUUGAGUGUACGCUGGAGAAGAAUGAGGAGGAGGAGGGUACGGCGAACACUGACGCGUAUCAACGGCACAGGGCGUUUAGCGGGGGAUACUACGUGCGUUGCGCCUACGACGAGUCGUUCACGUACAGAUCGCAUCGUGGCGAGGACUGCGUGCCGUGGUUCGUCGGGGAGCUUAGCGAUCUAGCGCAGUGCGUCGAGGCGAUCCUCGCGUCCAACGUGCCCAUGAGGGACCUCACCCCGGGGCAGUGCGAGGAACUUCGCGACGCCGCACUGUGCCACGUGUGCGGUAAGCCGUUCGCGGCGGCUGACAUCCGAGUGCACGAUCACUGUUACCUUACCGGCUGCUUCAGAGGCCCGGCGCACUCGACGUGCAAUCUGAACUACAAGGACUCGCACGUCAUCCCGGUGAUAUUUCACAAUCUCUCAGGGUAUGACGCGCACUUCAUGAUUGAGGACGUGGCGAACGCUUUCGAGGGUGGCGUGGAGUUACUGCCGCUGACGAAGGAGCGGUACAUCGCGUUCAUGAAGAACAUCACGAACACCGAGGAUAAGUACGAGUGCAGAACGAGCCACAUGAGAAUCCUACGGUCGGAGUUUCGGCAUCUCUCCGAGGAGGAUUUCCAGCUCCUAACGCGGAAAGGUGUAUUUCCAUACGAGUACGUUGAUAGCGCCGAGAAACUGCUCGAGACUCGUUUACCGCCGCGCGAGUCGUUCCACAGUUCGUGGACCGGUGAUACGGUAUCCGGUGACAAUUACGCGCACACGAUAACCGUGUGGAAUAGGUUUUCUAUCGAGACUCUCGGACAGUACAGCGACUUGUACCUGAAGACGGACGUUCUCCUCCUGGCGGAUGUGUUCUAA